UACUUAGCAUUAUAGCAGCAUACUAGUACUAUGAGGGGAUGGGCUAUCACUGAGUUGAAAUUGCAGUUUUCGGGUUGGAUAGUAUGUCCGCUUUGCUGAUGUGAUGAAGAUCGUUUUGCUCUCUUAUUAAAAGUUUUGUUCCUUCCCUAGAAAGGACUUUGCCAUGCCAGCCCAACAGAAGAAAGUCAUAUUUUGCAUAGCUGGGGUGUUAAGCUUUGCUUGUGCUCUAGGCAUUGCAGCAGCUGUCGGAACUCAAUUAUGGAUCAAAGGAACAAUACUGUGCAAAACUGGAGCUCUGCUUGUCAACGCUACAGGACCAGAACUGGAGAAGUUUAUUGGUGAAAUUCAGUAUGGGCUUUUCUAUGGGGAGCGUGUUAGACAAUGUGGGCUAGGAGGGAGACCUUUUCGAUUUUCAUUUUUUCCAGAUUUGCUCAAAAUUAUCCCUGCAAGUAUCCAUGUAAGUGUCAUUCUCUUCUGUACAGUACUGAUAGUCUUUGCUCUGGUGGGAACAGGUUUCUUCAUGUACAAUGCAUUUGGCAAUCCCUAUGAAACUCUGCAUGGUCCAGUAGGGUUAUAUCUUUGGAGCUUCAUUUCAUAUUUGUUGUUGGGAAAUUGUUGGAGCAGUGAUGUUUCUUGUUCUAUUUCAGGUUCUUGCAGUUGUCUCAUCAUGAUACUAUUUUCUUCAGAAGUGAAAAUUCACCACCUCUCUGAGAAAAUUGCAAAUUACAAAGAGGGAAGUUUCAUCUUUAAAACUCACAAUGAACAAUUUCAGGAUUCAUUCUGGAUCAUCCUGAUUUGCUCCUUGGUGCACUUUCUGAAUGUUUUGCUAAUACGGCUUGCUGGAUUUGAAUUUCCUUUUUCAAAAUCUAAAGAGUCAGAGACAACAACUACUGGAGCAGCUGAUCUCAUGUACUAGCCUGAUGUCAAUUUUUAAUAACAUUUCAAGCAAAAGGGUUAAUCUCAGCCACUUUCAACAAUGUUGAAAUAUAUCUGGUUUUACAUGAUUAAUUUGAAAGAUAUUAAAAUCAAGAAGAGAUCUAAAAUAAAUGUCACCACAGUAAAUACAAUAAAAGCAUAGUAUGCAUGGUCCUCAUUAGGACUAGAUCAAGAUAUCCUUACUCCCAUCACUUACCUUAUGACAGUAAUUCCAUUUGUUUUAAUGGGAUGAUGAGAGAAAUAACGUAUAACAGUGAUCUGAGCCCUAUGUACUUUAAUAAUGGAGGAAGACAAACAUAUAGGCAAACAUUUCCACCAGCAGUACAGCAUUUGCUUAUAUCCAGUGGUGUAUUGGAAUGACUACUACUACUGUAGUAUGUAUGUAUCAAGACUGGACUAAGAAUUCCACUCCGGCCAACAAAUGAAGAGUGGUGAUUGCACCAUAAAGCUGCAAACACCAAAUGAAAGAAAACAGAAUGUAUUGUUGUAGCUUAAGUAACAAAUUUAGGGCUCCUACCUGCAAAAUAAGGAGAUGAAUUCUCUCUCUCAAGUACAAUGACCAUGAGUUAUGCUCAAAAACAUGCUCGGGGGCAGGGGCGGUUAUUCCAAACAGAAGGGGCGGGGGGUGGAAAUCUACAGAAUAUGUAACCAAACUAGAAGGCUGCAUACCCAAUUGAUUUCUGUGCCUUAAUAGUUACAAGUGCUCCAUAUUUUAGGGUCCAGUGGGAGUUGAGUAUUCAGCACCUCCCAGGCUUUCUGAGUACCUUGCACUAUUGAGUCCAUAAAAGAGAGACUGUCCUAUAACAUUAUAUGCCUCCAUCCCUCCUAAA